GGAGGAGGUCCUGGGGCGCCCACCGUGCCGCCGCCGCACCCGCCCGCUGAGCGCUGUGGGUCGCCGCUGGUGGGAUUCCCGGGCGCCCCGAGGGCAGGGCGCCCAGACGAAGCCUGACCCUGAGCGGUGACCAGAGACAGUGAGCCCGAGCUGCACCGGACCUUGCGCUCCCCGCUCGUCUCCUCCUCCGCUCGCCGCGCGUACCCCGCUUCUGCACAAACUUUCCCGACGCCCUCGCCCGUGGAGGGCGGGGGUCGCGGAGAGCGCCUGCACCGCCCGCCGACUCGCGCCCCGCCGGACCUCGAGCCACGCUGACCGGCGGCUUCGCGCGGCCUCAGGGGCGACCUCUCCAGGCCGGGCCGCGCACGGCAGCCGCCCCCGGCGCUCACCCAAGGCUCCCGUGCCCCCUCGGGGCCGCUGGCCGGGGGGCAUGCCCUCGGUGAUGGAGAAGCCGAGCGCAGGCUCCGGGAUCCUGUCCCGCAGCCGGGCCAAGACGGCGCCCAACGGCGGCCAGGCGCACUCGGAGGAUGACAGCAGCGAGGAGGAGCACUCGCACGACAGCAUGAUCCGUGUUGGAACCAAUUACCAGGCGGUCAUUCCUGAGUGCAAGCCCGAGAGCCCAGCUCGCUACAGCAACAAGGAGUUGAAGGGGAUGCUGGUUUGGUCACCCAACCACUGCGUGUCAGAUGCCAAGUUGGACAAGUACAUCGCCAUGGCCAAGGAGAAGCAUGGUUACAACAUCGAGCAGGCUCUGGGCAUGCUGUUGUGGCACAAGCACGAUGUGGAGAAGUCACUGGCCGACCUGGCCAACUUCACCCCGUUCCCCGAUGAGUGGACGGUGGAGGACAAGGUGCUGUUUGAGCAGGCCUUUGGCUUCCAUGGCAAGUGCUUCCAGAGGAUUCAGCAGAUGCUGCCCGACAAGCUGAUUCCAAGCCUGGUGAAGUAUUACUACUCCUGGAAGAAGACCCGCAGCCGUACCAGUGUGAUGGACAGGCAGGCACGGCGGCUGGGGGGCCGUAAGGACAAGGAGGACAGCGAUGAGCUGGACGAGGGCCGAGGAGCUGUGAGUGAGGGUGAGCCAGAUGCCGGGGACACCAAGAGAGAGCCUGUGCCCUCUCGGCCCCUGAAUGCCCGCCCAGGCCCCGGGAAGAAGGAGGUACAGGCAUCACAGUACCGUCACCACCCACUGCGCACCCGGCGGCGCCCCCCGAAGGGCAUGUACCUGAGCCCAGAGGGCCUCACUGCGGUGUCUGGAAGUCCGGACCUGGCCAACCUCACACUGCGAGGGCUGGACUCUCAGCUUAUCUCACUCAAGCGCCAGGUUCAGAGCAUGAAGCAGACCAACAGCAGCCUGCGCCAGGCCCUGGAGGGUGGCAUCGACCCGCUGCGCCCCCCUGAGGCCAAUACCAAAUUCAACUCGCGUUGGACCACUGAUGAACAGCUUUUGGCUGUGCAAGCCAUCCGGCGGUAUGGCCGAGACUUUGGGGCUGUUGCCGAGGUGAUAGGGAACAAGACACUGACACAGGUGAAGACCUUCUUCGUGAGCUACCGGCGGCGUUUCAAUCUGGAGGAGGUGCUGCAGGAAUGGGAGGCUGAGCAGGAUGGGGGGCCCGGCGCCCCAGUUCCCACGGAGGAGGCUAGGAGAGGGGCUCCGGUGCCAGCUCCGGCCCCCGUGCCUGCGCCCGCCCCAGAGGAGGAUGAUGAGGUGCAGAUCACCUCCGUCUCCACCUCUGCACCCCGAGCUGUUCCUCCAGCUCCGCCGCCACCCCCUCCACCUGCUUCGCUGUCCCAGCCACCUCCACUGCUGAGGCCUCCGCUGCCCACGGCCCCCACGCUGCUGCGCCAGCCGCCUCCGCUGCAGCAGGGCCGCUUCCUGCAGCCUCGGUUGGCCCCAAACCAGCCCCCGCCGCCGCUCAUCCGCCCUGCCCUGGCCUCCAGACACAGUGCCCGGCCCAGCCCCCAGCCCCCUCCCUCUCUGAUCGGAGCCCCGCUGGAGCCUCCUGCGCCCUCACUCUGAGCCUUGGAGACUCUAGGGCCUUGGAGGCUGGGCACGGCCUCCUGGACCCCUGG